ACCACAUUGGAGAAUUAGGAGGUGAGGGCUGCAGGGAUGCAGCACAAAUAUAUAGAGGGAAAAUGUCACAAAUAUGGUUUAACAUUAUUAUCACGAUGACAAUAACACCAACAGGGAAGGAUGGACGCCAAGAGAAGAUGGAAGGGAAGGAAAAGAAGGAAGAGAUGGAAGGAGAAAAAAAAAGGAAAAAAAAGGUAAAAGUAGGAAGAUAGAAGAAGAAGAGGAGCAGCAAUACCAACAGGGGAUGGAGAAGAGGGGGAGACCGUGGAGCUCAGUCACUUCCGCACCAUGUGAGCUACCGUGAGUGAUGCUCAUUUGCUGCCGCUUGGAUGCCGCAUCCUCCCGGAAAGAGCCCCAGAAACCGAACAGAGCUGAGGCUCCCCUUCACCAGAGGCAGAGACAGUGGCAGAGAGAGAGGCCAGAGGCCGGAGAGGAGACAGCAGCAGCUCAAUGAUCGGACAGUCCCGGACAGACAACACACCCACCCACCCGAGGAAAUGACUGCAGACGUGGCGGUGUCUCUGUUGAUGCUCGCGGGGAUCGUCGGGCUCAGCGACGCGACCCGCCGGCUGCUCAGCAGCGGCACCCUCGCGGGCACCGGGCUCUCGGUCUGCGCCGUGGAGCUCGUGUCCACCUUCCAGCUGUGCUGCUGCACGCACGAGCUGAAGCUGCUGUCCGACGUGGGCGGGAUCGAGCCCCGGCUCGCGCUCACCCUGACGUACCUCGCGUCCGUGGUGCACGGGCUCACCUUCGGCGGCGCGAUCGGCAACCCCUCCGGCACACUGGAGCACGCGUACCGCUCGAGGAUAACGGGCCGGUGCGCCCUGCGGCGAAUCGCGUGUCAGUUCGCCGCCGCCGCCGCUGCGCGCGCCGCGGUGCCGGUGAUCUGGGGUCUCGGGCUGUCGAGGCUGCACGUGCGGCACAAGCUGCUCGGCUACCGGUGCGUCAGCGCCAUCCACGCGGCGCUGCCCAGGGCCGCCGCCGUGGAGUUCGCGUGCGCCUUCGCGGUGCAGACGGCCAUCACGCACACGCGAUCGGUGGAGGAGAAAUACCGCGUGCACGCGGUGGCUGCGGUCAUCGCAUCGGUGGUUUAUGCAGGUGGCAGUAUGACAGGAGCAGUGUUUAACCCAGCCUUGGCGUUCUCCACACAGUUCCCCUGCAGUGGACCGUCCUUCCUGGAGUACUGUCUGGUCUACUGGCUCGGCCCACUGCUGGGUAUGAUGAGCUCCGUGCUGCUGUUUGAUAAACUUGUCCCCCGGCUGUCAAGGACAUCUUCAUCUCCCCAUCUCUCCCUGGAGACCAAGAAGAGGACGUGAGCCUUCGCAGGGACAUUUCAUAUACCAGACACACGUGGACACUUUUAACCCGCUGCUGACCUCAGUCAUCAGAUGUUAAAGAAAGAGGAACACUGAUGUGCACGUCUUAAAAAGACACACAAACGACCAUGACAACAUGCAGACAGAAGUUAAUUUCACCUCAAGAGCACAUUUUGUACUGUAAGUAAACAGAGUACUCUAAUAUUAUUAUAUAUAUAUUUUUUUUUAAAAACAGGGCAAUCAAGUGUAGCAAGUCAAAUUUUUUACAACACAUGUGGUUGAUCCAUCGUAUUUAAAACUUUUAGACACUUUUUGUUUCACCACCCAGAGCUAAUAUCACUACCGAAAUAUCAACAAUUAGGGCUACAACAAAAUUUGCACGAGUUUUGACUUAUGAAAGUUUCGUCUGGAUCCACACAUUUGGUUCAGACUCAAAAAGAUCACUUGCCUGUUUUCUGGUUUUGCCAAACACUUAAUACAAGUUUUGUAGCUGCAAUAAUACACUGAGCCAAGUAUUAUUUUCUGUUGUAGAACAUUUGCUAAAGCUAAUUUACUUAACUGUUAAAAUAAUAAUGGAUGAUAGUAUAUAUAUUGCUAAACAUUGAUUGUAUAUGAUUCAUGUUUAUACUUAAUGUGACAUUCUAGAGCCAAGCACAGUGCAUGAAUGUAGUGUUCUUUUGCACACGUUUUUGCACAAAUCUGAUUGGUGCCUUUGAAUUCUCUGUAAAAAAAAAACUGGAAAGGCAGAUUAAACUGUUGAAAUGAGAUUGACUGGUUUAUAAAUACGUCUAAAUGGAGCCCAGUCUACGGCAGAAAUUACUGGAUUAGCAGUUGUAGUGACCAUGUAAAGAUGUUUCUGAUUUCUUUUUGCAGGUUUUAUUAAAUCUACAGUAAAUUGACUUAGUAAAACAGUAAGACAGUAGAAAUACAGUGUCAAUCACUAUUUUCUGCUUCAUGCUUGUUACAGAGAACAGUUUUUUAUUUUUGCACAUCGAGCAGUCGCAGAGCAACAUUAUCGUUCAUUUUGUCCACCUGAUAAUUUGGCAUAGGUUUGUUACAGGGAUCGACCGACUCAUAUUGCAUGAGGAUAACAAACAAAUGUUUAACGGCGCUUUUAGAAAACGAUUCAGUAAAAACGAAUCAAGCGAAGAAACUCCUACAAAAAACUAUGCAUUUAUUGACAAUUUGAUACAACAACGUUAAUUUCCUCUGCAGGAAUGUCAGAUUUUAAAUUUGUCUUCAGGCACAAAACAGAAACAAACUUAUUUUUUUCUACAGUCAACGAAAGGAUCUUGUAAUUUCCGACUUGGCUGCAUUACAUAAGUGCAGAACACAUUGUUCCGGUGAACUGGACAAACCACUAGAGUUGGAGGUGGAGGAGCUGAAAACCUACAACACAAUGAGCUCCAA